CUCCAGCAUCAGUUUUAGCUAAGCCUCGGCCGGAAUCAGACCCUCAAACGCAAUGAAAACCGACGGAUUGACCUUUCUCGGCCUUUCGCUCACUGUGUCACUCGGCUGGGCCCUAAUCGUUCCCCAACAUCAUUGCGAAAAUUACUUUAGUUACAUGAAGGAGUCGAAUGGUAAAUACUUUGGUCUGUUCACAGCACCCAGGGGAGGAAUCAAUAGUGUGAAAUGGGUGGCGGUUUUUAAUGCUGACAAAACCCAGCAGUCACACACGGUCGGAUCACUGGAGCUAUAUCCUGAUAAGGACCAGGCUUUUCGUGACUUGCGCAAUGGCGAACGGACAAAGGUGUCUGUGGAUUUUCAUGACUAUGGGAAUAAGCUGCCAAAGUUGAUUCGAGCAGAGUUUAAUGAAGAGCUGCUCUGCAGUAACCCGGAAUACGAUGCUCCGUCAAGCACAAUGACGCGGGAACGGACCUUCUCCACUUCUGGUCCAGUAAAAACUCAAACUGUGUAUUCACAACCUUAUCCUCGUCCUCCGCAGAGUCAGCCUCUUCCACAAAAUAACUAUAAAUCAAAUCCAUUCCUUCCAUCGACUCCUUUCGUCAAUCGUCCAGCCACUCCAGAGGUGAAACCUCGCAUCGAAGGUGAUUUCGAUGAAUGCGGACGGGAGGGUUUUGCCUUCACCCAAAUCGGUGGUACAGAUGUUGUCCGUGGUCAGUACCCUUGGCUGUCAGCGCUUUAUGUGGGCACUACGAGGGCCACCUACUCGUGUGUGACGUCGGUGAUCUCGAAGCGUACGGUAAUCACUGCAGCCCACUGCAUAUUCGGGAAGCAGACAGAGGAGUUGUGGGUGUACCUGGGACGGCACGAUCGAGACAAAAAUCCAGAGGAUGGAGCCAAGUUAGUUGGUGUGUCAUCUGUACACACACCUGACGAGUACAAAGACAACCGCCUGCCACAUACUGAUGUUGGUCUCCUAAUCCUAGCAGAGACUAUUGAGUAUACACGGUACAUUCGACCUCUGUGCAUGUGGACUUCGGAUAUGAACGUGCCGAGAAACGAAGGCGACUCGGGAGUCGUGGCAGGCUGGGGAUUGGACAUUGACGCCCAAAAGACCCGUUUUCCAAGAAUGGUUACUGUCAAUCUAGUGUCAAGGACAACCUGCCGCAACAAAAUGGGACUGGCUGAAGAUUUCAUCACCGAUCGAACUGUUUGUGCAGGAAAUUCACUGAGUCAUGGUCCUUGUUUUGGUGACUCGGGAGGUGCUUUGAUGAUCCUGCGAAAUAACCGCUGGGUUGUCCGAGGUAUUGUAUCUCUAUCUCCUAGGAAAGGGGAAAUCUGUGACCUUAGCAACUACGUCAUAUACUGCGAUGUGACAAAGUAUCUUACCUGGAUCCGAAGAAACAUGGUGUCAUAAUAAUAUUACCCCAAAGCUUGCCAUAAUGAAUAUGAAUAAGAAAAAAGAUAAUCUUUGAAAAAUGUAGGAAUCAAAAAACUUUCAUAAUAAGAAAUUUUCAAUUAUACCAAAUUAAACCAUAAA